UGCAACUUUUUGUAUAUCAGGUUGAUGUAGAUGAAGCUUCAUUUGGUUUCACUAAGAAUCGGUCGUAAGUUUUCAGUAUUAGGAGGAAGAAUACCUUUCAUGGCAAGGACUAUCUUUGGUCUUUAAACAUAAGAAAUGCCUCAUAGCUACCCUUCAUUGUACGACUUGAGCGCUAAACCAGAGCCUUCUUUGUUUUGUCUCAGUUCGGAACGCUCUCGCAUUGGCCCUCUAGACGCGCGCUCAAAUGUAAGACCCCGCAUCCCAACCCGUUGAACACUCAACUCCAUACUUCCAGGAAGUAAUCGACAUCUUCCGGGACUCAAUGAGGACCACGUCGUAUUCGAAUAAUAGAAGCGUAGUUGAUUCAUGUCGAAUCGGUCUCUUAAGCGUAUGGUUUUUUCCGCCCGGCUCCGACUUUCGAAACGACGAGGCUGCGGGAGCCUUGUCUUACGAUGAACCAUGUCCUCUGAUCUUGACAAUUGGCACAUCAAUGCGACAGUCUACGAUGACCGAGUCGAGGAGCUACAUUUUAUAUCAGACCCUGCGAAGAGAGUUAGGAGGAAACCGCACACGAAAGUAUGGCAGGUGGAACGACUUCUUGGUCGCGGGAGCUUCGGCGAGGUUCGCUUGGAGAAAAACAGAGGUGACGGGACGGCUAGGGCUGUGAAGAAAGUGCAUACAGAAAGCUCUACUCUUAGUAAGAAAGAGUGUGAGCAAGAGUUGAAAGCUCUCCUGGAGUUUUCGAAACCAAAGUCAAAAGAGGCUGCUUGUUUUGUCGAGUUCUUCGGAUGGUUCCAGCAUGGAUUCGAUAUAUACUUGGCAAUGGAGUACGUCGAGCUUGGGGAUCUCGAGCAGAACAUCAAGGCACGGUCUGGGAGACUCCCUGAGAAUGAAGUGCGAAGUAUCACGGAACAAAUACUAUCUGGACUCGCAAUCAUGCAUGCACAAUCCUUCGCGCACCGAGAUCUAAAGCCACAGAACAUCCUGGUUGUCGUCGGACCACCAGACUGGUGGAUAAAACUUGCCGACUUCGGGCUCAGCAAACGUCUAAUUGACGCCUCAGUCUAUAGAACUGCUGUUGGAACUCAAUCGUACAUAGCCCCUGAGAUUCUCAGAUACCUUGAUUCAGUCUCAGGUUACACGAAUGCGGUAGAUUUGUGGUCUGUUGGAUGUAUUGUCUACCGAUUGAUCAGCGGUAUUGUCCCUUUCCCUCCAGGGGCAGAUCUUUUCAGAUAUUGUCAGAAUAAAGCCUUAUUCCCUGGUGUUUCUCUGGUAAACAGUGGUAUCUCAGCCAGUGGAUUGCUUUUUGUACAACAAGUCCUUAUCACAGAGCCAGCCGAGAGGUUGACGGUGUCCCAAGCCUUGCAACAUCCUUGGAUAUCAGCAGAUCCUAAAGUCACUGCCGUUUCUCUCGAUGCUUCCAAUCUGUCUAUUGAAUAUUCGGAACGGGAUCCUUCCCAUGUCGCUUUCCCCAAUAAUAGGUAUAGUCCAGUUUCAUAUGCUGGACUCCAGUCCUUCCAGUCAUCGGUAUCUGCUCAGACCAUUUUGCCCCGAGUCACAAAGUCAAGUCCAUCGAGACCUUCUUCAUCAACUGUCAGACCAUCGACUCUUGCCAGCUUUUCGUCGCCAGACAUCGUUCGAGAGGAUGGGUUUGCAAACUCACGUGUCAGCUUUGGUGAAAAUCCCGAGGGAAAACGGUUUAUGGAUCGUUGGAAACGUCAACGACCAAAAUCCACAGGGCACAAACUACCAAAGUCCAAGGACCUGAAACUGCGACGUACCGCAGAGUCCAGCACACCUCGGACGAUUGCCAAAGAUAUAGCACCAGCUGGCAGUGGCGAGGAUAACCUUUGGAACAAAUUAGGUGGAGUUUUCGUGAGAAAAGCGGACACUGUAUUCUCAACAGCAGCUUCAACACCAGGAACGGAUACUAAAGGAUCCUAUGACCUUCCUCCUAGAAGAAAGGUGGCAAUCGAUUUCAAAGGGUUUUGCGGUCCAAUUAGAGCUCUAGCCUUUUCGCUAGACGGUUCGUCAAUGACAGUUGUAUCUGAUGAAGGCUAUGAGCUCUGGAAUGUGGCAGAAGGGAAACUUUGGAAGGCACACAAAGACUCUGCCUUCAAUAUACCUGGAUGCAGAUCUGUGAAGCUUUCGCCUCAUGGAAACCUCUUUGCUUGUGCCGUGAAGGGCGAAAUGGCAGCCAGAAUUUGGGAAAUAAACGCGGAGCCUAUGCGGGACUACUCUACCCUUAAACUACAGGACAAUUACAAAGUUCAAGAUAUAACAUUCUCACCGGACAGCACUUUAAUUGCCAUCGCUUCCGAAUACAUCGAUCUAUACAACACCAAGACGAAUAAUUUUAACCGAACGUUCGCGAGCAACUGUGAGGGCUCCAUCAACCACAUAUGUUUCUCACCAAACGGCAAAUUCAUCGCUGGUAUAUCCGACGGGUGGAAACAUGAGUUUUCGAACAACAAGAUUCGUUACUGGGACAUAGCGGACCAAGCACUCCAUCAAAUCGAUUAUCACUAUCGAACUCCCAUCACCUGUCUUGCUUUCUCGCCAGACAGCAGACUGAUCGCUGCAGCAUCUAUGCCAGGCUCCAUUCGACUCUGGGAUUUUGCGACAGGCCAAAUGACACUGGCAUUGAGCUGCAACGACAGAUUCAGCAAGAUUUCAUCCUUGACUUUCUCGCCGAAUGGCCAGCAGUUGAUCGCGGUCGAUGAGGGUCGUCUGAGUGGCAAAGCUGUGCGUCUUUGGGGCUUCGUGACGGGAGAUACGUAUGAUCUUGAUAGAGGUCAUUCGUCUUGGAUCAAUGAUGUAGUCUUCUCACCUAAUAGCAAGCUCAUUGCUACCGCGUCGUCUGAUAAAAUUGUUGGGCUUUGGGACGCGGCGACGGGGCAGAUUUGGAAAGAUUUCAAGGAUAAUACUGGCACAGUUACUUGUGUAGCAUUUUCCCCGGACAGCAAGAUCCUUGCUUCGGGCUCACUUGAUGAGACCGUUCGACUUUGGGACAUAUGAAGGGCUUGGUUGUCAGUCGAGGUUCAGAACUGUGGAAGUGUCGGUUCUAUGUUGCGCUUGAGCUUGUAGGCUUUAUCUUUAAUAUGCAAUCGGAGUAUGAGCGUGGGGUAGAUGCGGGGUACAUGGAAGCGGCGUUACAAGAGUAAUUUACAAUUGUUCACAGCUAGUCCUGUUCUAGAUACCACAAAUAUUCUUCAAUCUGAG